AUGGAUAUUGCAACAGGUCCGGUGUCACUUCAUGACUCUCCGUGGGAAGAACAAUCCGAAACGUGCAUCAUGUUGGACGGCAUAAAAAUGGAAGAUCAUCCGCUGCGAUCGGGACAAGCCACACUGGGUGUCAUGCUCGGGACAGAAUGCCACCACCAGGCCGUGUGUGAAGGCUGCCACCGUCCCAUCUCUGACCGCUUUCUGAUGAGAGUCAACGAGUCGUCGUGGCAUGAGGAGUGUUUGCAGUGCACAGUGUGUCAACAGCCUCUCAUCACCAGCUGCUACUUCAGAGAAAGGAAACUUUACUGCAAGCAUGACUACCAACAGUUGUUUGCAACCAAGUGCAGUGGCUGCAUGGAGAAGAUCGCCCCCACAGAGUUUGUGAUGCGAGCCCUGGAAUGCGUCUAUCACCUGAACUGCUUCUGCUGCUGCGUGUGUGACCGCCAGCUUAGAAAAGGCGACGAGUUUGUCCUGAAAGAGGGUCAGCUGCUCUGCAAAGUCGACUAUGAGAGGGAGAAGGACUUACUCAGCUCGGUCAGCCCAGAUGACUCAGACUCAGAAAAAAGUGACGAUGAGGAAUUGGACAUCAAGCCAGAGAAAGGAGGCAUAGGAGGCCAGGGGAAGGGGGAUGACAGCAAGGAUCCCAGGAGACCCAAAAGACCACGGACCAUUUUGACUACUCAGCAGAGACGAGCCUUCAAGGCCUCCUUUGAGGUGUCCUCAAAACCCUGCAGAAAGGUGAGAGAGACGUUAGCUGCAGAGACAGGACUCAGUGUACGUGUGGUCCAGGUGUGGUUCCAGAACCAGAGAGCUAAGAUGAAGAAGUUGGCCAGACGACAGCAGCAACAACAAGAACAACAGAAUUCCCAGAGACUUGGCCAAGAAGUAAUGUCAAAUCGAAUGGAGGGGAUGAUGAGCUCCUUCACACCUCUGCCUCCGCCACAGCAGCAGCUGGUCGCCAUGGACCAGAAUGGGUACAGUACAGACCCAUUCCAACAGGGGCUCACCCCCCCACAGAUGCCCGGGGACCACAUGAACCCAUAUGGUAAUGAUUCUGCAUUCCAUGACAUAGACAGUGACACAUCUUUAACCAGCCUCAGUGACUGCUUCAUGGCAUCAUCGGAAGUCAACUCCAUGCAGGCCCGUGUGGGAAAUCCCAUCGACCGCCUCUACUCCAUGCAAAAUUCAUACUUUGCAUCAUGAAACAGCAAAUAAAGGAGAAGAAAAACAGCACAUAAUAAACUUCCCAUUUCUACCUAAUGCCUGGCGACCGGAUACGCAAGCACAGAUGCGACAGAAGAAACCCACAGCUUGUGUGCAGGAGCUAACUCCAAGACUGUAAAAUCACUUGCAAGACAGUGAAGACCCCUGGGGCAAAAAGACUUUGUCACUUGUUAAAAAUCAUCCAGUGAGGUGGUUUAUUCCUUACAGGAGAUAUUACUUUUUUCGUUGCUCACAAGUAGAAAUUGAAGCCACUGAUGAAACACUCGUAAAACCAAAUAACUGUGGAUUUAUAUACAGUACAGUGCAUGAUCAACUGUAAACAAGUCCUCCCCCCUUGGUUAAGAUUAACAUGUGGUGUUUGGACUGCUUCUUCUUCAUACUACAUGGUUUCCCAUGUUCACAGCUAGCAUUUUGAUCACUAUGGAUAGGUACUAGAUAUUGUGUUAAUAGUCAAUAGGUGCAGCAUGUCUGCAAGAGUGACUGUACAUUUGUGUAUGUUCGAGAAUUUGUGGUGAGAAAGAAUUGUUUAGAGGGCUAAAAAAGGAUGUAGAACAUGGUGGGCAAGUCAGAUCAGUGAAGUGUAAAUACUUUUCCCAGGCAAAUUGGAUGUGCAUGUUAAAAAUGGAAAACAUUCUAUUUAUUUAACUAUAACAGGCUCUUGAAGGUACAUAUUAAAAAUGAAAAGCUUUAUUUAAAAAGGAGAACAUUUUUUUCUGUUGAGCAAUUAAUGAGUUUGAGUGUCACAACUCUUAUGUAUGCCAUUUUAAUAUGAAGAUUAACCCUUUGUUUGCCCAGCCAAGCUGUAAAUGAGCAAUGUGCUAUUUAUUUCGUACAGACCAUAAACUCUUUGUUGUCAUUGUCAUAUGUGCAUUCUCAAAAUGUUAAAGUUGCUAAUUGACCAAAGUUGACUGGUUUGAUGAAUAAACAAUGUCU